AUGAAAUUGAGUGUAGGGAUAUUUUUUGGAGGCUUCUUUGCAGCUUUGGGGGUUUUACUUUUUUUGGUGGCAUUUGGAACUGAUUAUUGGCUUCUUGCUACAGAAAUGGGAAGAUGUUCAAAAGGACCUGAGGAUGCUGGGGAAGAGAAGGCCACUUUCCAUCAUGAAGGUUUCUUCUGGAGGUGUUGGUUUAGUGGAGAUGUAGGAGAGAAUAAUGUUAGCAUGUGGAAGUUCUGGUACACCAACCAGUCACCUUCUAAGAACUGCACACAUGCUUACCUCUCACCAUUUCCUCUCAUCCGAGAUGAACACAACUCAACCUCCUAUGACUCUGCAAUCAUUUAUCGAGGUUUCUGGACAGUUCUUAUGCUCCUGGGGGUGGUCACUAUUGUGACGGCUAGUUUCUUCAUCAUCUGUGCAGCUCCUUUUGCCAGCCAUGUUCUGUACAAAGCAGGAGGAGGCCUUUUCAUCAUUGCUGGUAUCUUGUUUUCACUGGUAGUCGUGAUGUACGUCAUCUGGGUCCAGGCAAUGGCUGAUCUGGAAAACUACACAAAUAUGAAAAAAAUGGAGUGCCUGGACUUUGCUGUUCAUGUACGCUAUGGAUGGUCUUUCAUGCUGGCUCCUAUUCUUUUCUUAUUGAUAGGGCGAUACUCACUGGCAAUUGCGGAGCUCCUCUUCUCCCGCAGGCCUCCGGCUGAUACGCCAGCGCUGCUCCGCAGCAGGCUGCGGAGCUGCACGAAGCCCUUUCUGAGCGUUAAUCACGCUACAGAGAUCCGCUUUCCCUCUGAUAAGAGACCGGCUAAAUCUGGAAGGAAAGGAGGAGAAUCAAUCUGCCUGAUUGCCGGAGACCCUUCAUUUUGCACUCCACAGCCCCUUGCCAAGCGGAGCAGCGGGGGAGUCUCCGCUUGA